AUAAUAUUUUACAAUCUAAAAUUUGAAAGUUGUAUUUAGUCAUUUGCAAUCCAAUUAAUGAGUCCGGUUCAUUGCUUAUACCAAAAUUUGAGUAAAAAUUGAAAUAGAUCUCUCGAUUUAACCGGGUCCCAUCAUGAAAACCGGAAUGGGCCUUCCACUAGAGGAAACUUGCAGACUCUGUUAACUUUCCUCUUUGCGUCUGCUUCCGAGUCUCCGCUUGAUCCAUAUCAGACUUUCUACAACAAAGUCCUCAACUCUCUCUAAUCUUCCACUCUUCCCUUUUGCUUUGAUCUCAACCUAAGCCCACACCGCACGUCACGUUACCAAAGAGAAUCUUAUUUAUUAUACCAACAAAAAAAAAGAAAAAAAAGCGUUUGUUUUUGUUUCCAAGCAAUCUUUUAUUUUUAUAUUUUUUUUUGUUUCUUACUGCCCAUCUUGAAUCAGACCGUACCCAUGUUCAGAUAUCCUUCUAAACAUUCGAAUCUAUGUUAAAAAUCUUUUCUUUAUCCUCUUUUAAGAUAUACUAGUAGUUGGUGGUGCCGUGGUGGUGACCCAAACAGAGACACAUACGCACACAGAGAGGUGAUGGGAUCCGCCGCUGCAGCGACUUCUUCUUCUUCUGAUGCUGCAAUCUCAGCUCUGCGUGAGAAGCAUGAGAAGGAAGUAGAGAAUCUAAGACUGACCUCACAACCUUUGAAUACAUUGAAGUUGUUUGUUGAGGCUACUCUUCUGUACAUCAAGAGAUCGGUAUUGUAUCUGCUUGCUCAUGGAGGUUUGUUCAUGCUUUUGACCACUUUGUUAGUCGCAUUUGGAGUUUUGCUUGUGACUGUUGAUGGACCUCAUGGAAAGCAUGUUGAAGAAGUAUUAGAGUAUGUUCGAUACAGCUUAUGGUGGAUAACACUUGGAGUUGCAUCUUCUAUUGGUCUUGGAUCUGGUCUCCACACUUUUGUUCUCUAUUUAGGUCCCCACGUUGCGUUGUUCACUCUGAAAGCAACACAAUGUGGCCGUGUUGAUCUGAAAUCUGCACCUUAUGAUACCAUACAGUUCAAACGAGUCCCCUCGUGGCUCGAGAAGUCUUGUUCAGAAUUUGGUCCUCCUCUAAUGGUAUCAGCUGCUGGAUCUCGUGUUCCACUCACCAGCAUAUUGCCACAAGUCCAGCUGGAAGCGAUUCUAUGGGGUAUUGGGACAGCUCUUGGGGAGCUUCCUCCCUAUUUUAUCUCAAGAGCAGCUAGUCUUUCUGGUAGCACAGUGGAUGGAAUGGAAGAAUUAGAAACCUCAUCAUCUGAAGAUAGUGGAUUUAUGGCGGCUAAUUUGAACCGGGUUAAGCACUGGCUAUUGACACAUUCACAGCACUUGAAUUUCUUUACCGUCUUGGUUCUUGCUUCGGUUCCAAAUCCUCUGUUUGACCUGGCUGGAAUAAUGUGUGGACAGUUUGGAAUUCCAUUUUGGGAAUUCUUUCUAGCCACUUUAAUCGGAAAGGCGAUCAUCAAAACUCACAUACAGACAAUAUUUAUCAUCUGCGUAUGUAAUAACCAACUGCUGGAUUGGAUGGAGAACGAGAUGAUCUGGAUACUAAGUCAUGUCCCUGGUUUAGCUGAUGUGUUACCUGGACUCAUAGCCAAACUCCACACCAUGAAAGAAAAGUAUAUUGAUGUGUCACCUCCUGUUCCAUCUCAUAUCAAGGUGAAAAAAUGGGAUUUUUCAUUUGCAUCGAUUUGGAACGGGAUAGUGUGGCUCAUGCUCCUCAACUUCUUCGUCAAGAUUGUGACAGCAACUGCACAGAGACACUUGAAGAAGAAGCAAGAGAAAGAAGUAGCUGCUUUGGCUCAUUCUGAUUGAUCAAAAGUACCUUUUAAAGCCAAAACCUCACCAUGUUUUCUUCCUUGUGCUCCAACAUGAAAACAGAACACUAUUCAGAUUUGACAAGAAUGGUAUGGCAGCUUUUCUUUUAAUCUUGGACUCGUUGACACAUUGUUCUCGUGGAAUUUGUACUGUAUAUAUAAGAAGAAGAAAAAAGAAUGGGUUUAGGAGGAAUUGGGAUUGUGAGAUUGCAUUGGAGGCUUAUUUUAAUCCUGCGAUUCUGCAGAGAAGGUUUUGUGGGAAGAACUCAUAAAAAAAAAGAAACUUUUAUUUGCUAAUUUGUUACUCUGCUUAUUUAAAUUGAAACUAGUGAUAAGCUAUUAUGACCUAAUCCGUGACAACUAUUCUUGUUUAUCUUCUCUUUUAGUUUUUACUAAAGCAAGUUUUGUUU